ACACACACACACACACACACUCACUACCGUCGUGAGCGUCUGUAUCCAGCGAUCUGGCUGUACUUGCUCUUCAUCAUUUCUCGUGCUUAUUUCCAUGAAGUCCACGACCUCCACCGUUAGGGUUUCUUCAUUCCUGGAUAAAGACAAUCAUGUAGAGGAGAUCAUGUACUCGAUCUGCGGACAGUAAUGCGCGCUUCCUGCUCGAAGAAGACAAACGAGAUCAGCUGUCUGUCGUUGCUAUGGAGAGCCUGCGCCUAUCGGGCCGGGCCGGGUAGGCCGCAGCAGCGCCUGCGUGCUGGAGUUACAUCUGUGACCGGAGGAGGGAGCACCGAAAGCGGAUUACUCACCAAACACGACUACUCCACAUUCACUUGAGGAGUCAAUCAUCAAGUCCACAGAUGUUCCCAACAUGAGGAUAGCUGUGUACAAGCAACCCUGAACCUACUCUAUGGGGAUAAAGAAGUUGAAUAGUUUAAAUUUUAUUUAUUGAUAUUGGACAAUUGUGAGAACUAGAGACCAUGCCUCCAAGGCCAUCCUCUGGAGAAUUAUGGGGCAUCCAUUUGAUGCCCCCCAGGAUUUUGGUGGAUUGUCUGCUGCCCAAUGGCAUGAUCCUGACCCUGGAGUGCCUCCGUGAGGCCACACUUGUCACCGUCAAACACGAACUGUUUAAGGAAGCACGGAAGUUCCCGCUCCAUCACUUGUUGCAAGAGGAAGCUUCAUACAUCUUCGUCAGUGUAACACAGGAGGCAGAGCGGGAAGAGUUUUAUGACGAGACCAGGAGACUCUGUGAUCUCAGGCUCUUUCAGCCUUUCUUAAAAGUCAUCGAACCUGUGGGCAACAGAGAGGAGAAAAUUCUCAACCGGGAAAUUGGUUUUGCAAUUGGAAUGCCCGUGUGUGAGUUUGAUCUAGUGAAAGAUCCUGAAGUGCAGGACUUCAGGCGAAACAUACUUAACGUCUGCAAAGACUCAGUAGAAGUCCGAAAUGCCAACGGGCCGCAUAGUCGUGCAUUAUAUGUUUACCCUCCUAAUGUGGAGUCUUCAACAGAGCUUCCAAGGCACAUUUUUGGCAAAUUAGACAAAGGUCAGAUUAUCGUAGUCAUCUGGGUUAUUGUGUCUCCCAACAAUGACAAGCAGAAGUACACGUUGAAGAUCAACCAUGAUUGCGUGCCUGAGCAGGUGAUAGCAGAAGCCAUCAGAAAAAAGACACGCAGCAUGCUUUUGUCUCCCGAGCAGCUGAAGAUGUGUGUGCAGGAAUACCAGGGCAAGUACAUCCUCAAAGUGUGUGGCUGUGACGAGUACCUGCUGGAAAAGUACCCUAUCAGUCAAUAUAAGUAUGUGAGGAGUUGCAUUAUGCUGGGCCGAUUGCCAAACUUAAUGCUGAUGUCAAAGGAUAGCUUAUACUCUCAGCUGCCCAUGGACACAUUCACCAUGCCGUCUUACUCACGCCGCAUCUCCACAGCCACACCAUACAUGAACGGGGACACCUCGAGCAAAUCCCUGUGGACCAUCAACAGCAACCUGAGGAUACGUGUGCUCUGUGCAACAUACGUCAACGUGAACAUCCGGGACAUUGAUAAGAUUUAUGUCAGAACUGGGAUCUACCAUGGAGGAGAGCAGUUAUGUGACAAUGUCAACACACAACGUGUGCCAUGUUCAAAUCCAAGGUGGAACGAGUGGCUUAUGUAUGACAUGUACAUCCAUGACAUUCCCCGAGCUGCUCGUCUUUGUCUGUCCAUCUGCUCUGUAAAGGGGAGGAAGGGAGCAAAAGAGGAACACUGUCCGCUGGCUUGGGGAAACGUAAACCUCUUUGACUACACACAUACACUGGUCUCUGGGAAAAUGGCACUAAACCUGUGGCCAGUGCCACAUGGUCUAGAGGAUCUCCUAAACCCCAUCGGUGUCACGGGGUCCAACCCCAACAAGGAAACCCCAUGUCUGGAGUUAGAGUUUGACUACUUCAGCUGUCCUGUGAAGUUUCCUGACAUGGCCACAAUAGAGGAUCAUGCUAAUAAGAUCAUGUCUAGAGAGAUGGGCUACAAUUAUUUUCAAUGUGGGCAGAGCAGCAGACAGGCUCGGGACCACCACAUAAUGGAUACUGACAUCGAGCAGCUGCGGCAAGUAGCAAACAGAGACCCUCUCUCUGAGAUCACUGAGCAGGAAAAGGACUUCCUGUGGAGGCAAAGGCAGUAUUGUCAAAGUAUACCAGAGAUCCUUCCUAAGAUUCUUCUAGCUGUAAAGUGGAACUCCAGAGAUGAAGCUGCUCAGAUGUAUUGUCUUCUUAAAGACUGGCCUGAAAUUAGACCAGAACAAGCUAUGGAGUUACUUGACUGCAACUAUCCAGAUCCAAUGAUACGAGACUUUGCAGUACGGUGCCUUGAGAAAUAUUUGUCUGAUGAUAAACUCUCCCAGUACCUUAUUCAGCUGGUCCAGGUUUUGAAGUAUGAGCAGUAUCUUGAUAACCCCUUGGUGCGGUUUCUGCUGAAGCGAGCCCUGACCAACCAGAGAAUUGGACAUUUCUUUUUUUGGCAUUUGAAGUCAGAGAUGCACAACAAAACAGUGAGUCAGCGUUUUGGCCUGCUGCUGGAGUCAUACUGUCGUGCCUGUGGUAUGUAUCUGAAGCAUUUGGGCAGACAGGUGGAGGCCAUGGAGAAACUAAUCAACCUUACAGACAUACUUAAGCAGGAGAAAAAGGAUGAGACUCAGAAGGUGCAAAUGAAGUUUCUGGUUGAGCAAAUGAGGCGGCCAGAUUAUAUGGAUGCCCUCCAGAACUUCACCUCUCCUUUGAAUCCAGCACACCAGCUAGGCAACCUGCGCCUUGAAGAAUGCAGAAUAAUGUCAUCAGCAAAGAGGCCCCUGUGGCUUAACUGGGAAAACCCUGAUAUCAUGUCAGAGCUGCUCUUCCAGAACAAUGAGAUCAUCUUUAAGAAUGGAGAUGACCUGAGGCAAGAUAUGCUGACACUUCAAAUUAUUAAAAUAAUGGAAAACAUCUGGCAGAACCAAGGUUUAGACCUCAGAAUGCUGCCCUAUGGUUGUCUUUCCAUUGGAGACUGUGUUGGCCUUAUUGAGGUUGUGAGAAGUUCUCAUACCAUCAUGCAAAUCCAGUGUAAAGGAGGCCUCAAAGGAGCAUUGCAGUUCAACAGUUCAACACUGCACCAGUGGCUGAAGGACAAGAACAGGGGCGAGACGUAUGAUAUGGCCGUUGACCUGUUCACACGAUCCUGUGCCGGUUAUUGUGUGGCCACUUUUAUUCUUGGCAUUGGUGACCGACACAAUAGUAACAUCAUGGUAAAGGACGAUGGGCAGCUGUUUCACAUAGAUUUUGGCCAUUUUCUGGAUCAUAAAAAGAAGAAGUUUGGGUACAAGAGAGAACGAGUGCCAUUCGUCUUAACUCAAGACUUCUUGAUCGUGAUUAGUAAAGGAGGAACUCAAGAAUGCACUAAAACCAGAGAGUUUGAGAGGUUUCAGGAGAUGUGCUACAAAGCAUACCUGGCUAUCCGACAGCAUGCAAACCUCUUUAUCAACCUGUUCUCGAUGAUGCUGGGUUCCGGUAUGCCGGAGUUGCAGUCGUUUGACGACAUUGCCUACAUCCGCAAGACUCUGGCACUAGAUAAGACUGAGCAGGAGGCUUUGGACUACUUUAUGAAGCAGAUGAACGAUGCUCAUCAUGGUGGAUGGACCACAAAGAUGGACUGGAUCUUCCACACCAUUCGACACCAUGCCCAGAACUGAGCCCGAGUAGGACUGAGCCCAUAUGAAAGGUGCUUGAGCUAGGACCUCAUGCCCAGAAUCUACUGGCCUAACUUUGCUGGUAGAAACCUGGCAGCCAGACCUCAAAGUGGGGUAAAAUGUGCCCCAACUGACCUUCAGAGCACUAAACAAUCCAAAAUAUUUUUCUUUUGUUUCAGUCUCCUUUUGGCAUCCAUACAGAAGAAUACUAACCCUAAUCUUUGUCCAGAAUGGUUGUACAUUAUUGCCUGUAGUUUUGUACUGAUGUUUUCCUUUUUUUUUUUUUUUUUUGUUCUUGCUGCUCUUUUCCUGGAGAGACCAUGAUGAUUUUUAUUUGAUUUCAAGUUUUCUUUUGAGAAAAAAGUCCACGGGAAGUGUUUUUUUUUUUUUUUUUUUUUACGUUUAGGGCACUCUUCGGAUUACUCAUGUCUUCCUCCAAGUACAAAUGCCUUUAAAUAUGCAUGGAACCUCUGAGGAACUCAUAGAUGAAACGGUCGAAAUGUUGUCGUUUGGUCUCCGUCCUGAAGGAUGGUUUCUGUAGCAAAUGUAGAGGAGUUGGCAUUUCCUGAUAGCUUGCAAAAAAAAAUCCAUUGGCUCUUGGAAACUGUUGCCCUUUGAUCACUACAAAGGUUUUUAAUGCUUCUCCAUCUCCUUUACUACCUUACGUUAAUGCUGAGCGAAUAUGAGUUUAGAUAGGAGCUUUAAUUUAUUUUGCCCUGAUUAUGAAUUUAGAGGAGGAAUAUUUAACCUUGUUGCACCCACAACUGGAGCCAAUGAAACACUAACCGAAAAGAAACAUCCAAAGCCUACACGGUGAACGUAUUCAGACUCAACAUAGAAUAAAUAUUUCAAAUAUUCUUCCGUGUAAAUUCCUCCCGCAAACCUUUUUAGACCAACACGGGUGAAAGCAAGAGAGUUUAAGUUAAAGCCUUAAUGGAACUUAAAGCUUGGUGGCUAAAUGCACAGUUGUCUCUCAUGUGUACUGCAUGCGGCAGUAGAGGCUAACUUGGUGCUUAGUAAAACCAGGUUUGUGAACACUUUAUCCUCAGAAGAGUUGCUCUAUUUUCUGCUAAAGUUAACCAGAAAGGUUCAUAUAUUGUCUGCAUUUGUCCUUACUUUCAUUGUGUCUGGUAACAACUGUUAGCUUCUAUAAGAAAUGAAGAAUGGUGCUAAAUAGAUUCCACUGUAUAGAAAGGGAAGAAUCUCUGGACGAAAUGGAUGUUUAAUGCUAAAAUGGUUUCGAACGCUGAGAAUGGUUCAGCCGAUGAUGUUAUCAUUUACACUAAAAACUACACUCUACAGUAGUACAUCUUUGUAUUGUAUAUAUGCCUUUUGAUGCUUCUAAUUUCUCCUCCAUAUUGGUUUUGUGCGGUACACUGUCAGACGUGAUGAGGAUCUGUCAGGUGUGCGAUAUGCAGUUUACUUCUGGGGGUUCUAAAAAUUCAUAAGCUUUAAACUUUAUUUAAAAAAAACAAGUAACUUUGGCAGAUCCCAUACAUAAUCUAUCAAAGCUGUUUUAUUAGCAUUUCACCAGGGCAGCUUUGGCUAUGUGAAUAGAAGUUGUUGAGUAAGAGAGAAAGUGAUCCAGUUAACAAUCAUGUCAAAAAAAUGAUUUUGCAUGACAGUAAAAAAAGAGAGCUCCAACCAUUCAAGCCAAACCAAGUGACCUCUAAAUCUAAAUAUUGUAUACGUCCACAGUAAAUUUACUUUGGGUUUACAUUUGUAUUUGAACCACAAUGACUUGACACAAUGAUCACAGCCUAUUAAUCCAACCUCUGUGGUUAUGGAGAAAGCCUGUUGUGUUUUCGCAUUUAAAGCUGUGAAAGUGUAAAGAUUAUAAAUGAGGUGCAAUCGUGCUAUCUGUAUGGAUGUGUGUCUGCUGGUGGGACAAAUAGCUUGCGCUUUAUAAUUUUUUCGAAAGUUCAUACCUUAAUGGAAGAUUCUGUAUGUUUUUUCUUAAAAAUCUGUUAAUUCAAGCCAAAGUUCUACAUAUGGUAUGUUGCUUACCUGCUUAAGCACCUGAAGCAUUAAAAAGGACAGUCCUUGUUCCCAGGACAUCUCAAUAAUUUAAUGAAGAUGGAGCUAUAUCGUAGUCUGAAGGACUUUUUUUUUUUUUUUUUUUUUUAAACUCACAGAAGUUUAAUAUUAACAUGAGAAGUUUCUAUCUAUCAAAUUUGAGAUGAGGCCAAUCAAUCUGCCUUUUUGCUAAAUGCAACCCUUGUGUUUUUAUUUCUUCCUACAUUCUGUAAAGAAAAUGUGUACAAUUCUGUUGUGCACCGAAAUGUAUUAAUGCACAGAAUAGGAAGGGCAUCUUUAUCGCAUCAAUCUAAUUUAUAAUACGUAUCCUGAAGUAUGAUGGCAUUGUGGUAUUCCAGUUUUCAGAUUCAUUUAUCUGUUGAAUUUGAGGCUUCAGAUCUUUAAAUGUCAUUGUGAUUCUCAUAUGCAGUAAACUAAUGAACAGGUAUGCAAACAGCAACUGAUGUAUGCAGGUGGCUUUUGCACUUCAUUGUCAUUUUCUUCCCCUCAAUUCUUUACAGCCAAUUCAGUCCCAAAGGACAGAACAUUUUCAACUGCAUGUCUUUAGCAGCAUUACCAAUUGUACUCCUCUACUGCCUGAAACAGUUCAAAUUAAUUAGCAGUUAGUCCUUGUAAGCAGCCUUGUUUUAGCCCUUUAGAAGCCAUUUAGUGCAUGUCACAAAUUUUUUUUGUGUCUGUACAGGUUACAGAUGGGCUGGACCCAUUUAAAAGCCCAUUUUAAAAUGUUUAAAAUUACAUGUGCAAAUGCUUUGUAUUUUCAUUUUUUUCCACCAACUAGGAAAACCGAGAUGCUGGAUUCUUGGCAUCAUUUAUAUAAAUUACAAUGGAAAAAAAAAUCAUAUUUCAGUUUCAAAUGUACUUGAAUAUCAUUGCUCUGAACCAUCCUCGUGUUGAGUGCAAAUCUGUUGUUGUGGUGUAGCACUGAAGGUUCGCUUGCAUAGGCAAUUUCAUACCGAUGUUGAAUGUCAAAAACAAAGUUGGGUUGUAAGAGGCUCUGCUGGAGAAACUCUUGUAAAA